AAUUACUUUUUAAACUGAUAGCGUUGAAUUGAAUAUUUUCUCGAAGUCAGAAAGGGAAGAAGCAAAGAAAAAAGGGGAAGCAAAAGCGCAUCAUAAUAAACAAACCAAAGUCGGGAUGCCGAGACCGCGUAUGCACGUUCCCGUGGACACCGAGCGAGCGCCAGGGCACGCGCUUUAGGCAAGCGACCGCCAUUUUGAUCCGAAUAUAAGAGAGAAUAUUUUUUUCUUGCACAAGCCUGGAAGCAGUGGUCAGGAUUGAGAACAUAGGAAGAAGAAGGGGAAUAAUUAGGAUAAAAAAAAACUUUGCAUGAAAUAAAAAAACGAAAGAGCAAGAUCCUUAUAUCAGACGGAUAUAUCUGCGCUUGUUUGUUUGUUUACUAGAGGGGGUUUAGCGCCGGAGGAAUUACGCCCCCCCGCCACCCCCCUGUAAGAACAGUUUCUUGGAGGCUUGCAUGCGAAGGAAUUGUCCUGCAUUUCUAAGGUUCUGAAAGAUACUGACAUCAAGCCACUGAGGCUUCCAUGACGGUGAAGGAAAGAAUUUCUCAGUCUGUGCACUUAUCUAUCUGGAAGACAAAUGUUUGUCUGCCUAAGAAAAAGAUUUAACUAAACACAUACCCAUUUUGUUACCAGAAUAUAUGCAGAAUGUGCCUACUAGGCACACCUACAGAAGAGAACAUAUGAACAACUCAGCCCCCCCUCAGUUUUUCAUAUUCUGAGAAAAAAAAAGAAAGCCGGGCACCAUCCCAUAAUACUUGUCUGGCAAAACACAUACACACACACCUUGAUUGCACUGCAGAUCUGGACAUGCUAGCACAGAAAUGGGCAUGACAAAAAGUUCUGUGUGUCCAGUGAAAAUGUUCUGGAAGUUUGACCUGCACCCCACCUCACAAAUUGAGAAGCUGCUAGAUAAGGAGGAUGUGACACUGCAAGACUUGAUGGAUGAAGAUGACAUCCUUCAGGAGUGCAAAGCUCUAAACCGUCAGCUGCUGCUUUUCCUGUGUCAAGAUCACUGCAUGGAAGAGCUGAUAAACCUCAUAACUCAGGAACCACCUGCAGAUAUGGAGGAAAAGAUACGCUUUAAGUAUUCCAACAUUGCCUGUGAGCUUCUGACAUCCGAUGUGAGUCAUAUUAAUGAUAAACUUGGAGGGGACGAAUCUUUGCUUGAUAUACUAUAUAAAUUCUUGGAACAGGAACCACCUCUUAAUCCCUUACUUGCCAGCUUCUUCAGCAAAACUAUUGGAAAUCUCAUAGCAAGAAAAACGCAACAGGUCAUUAGCUUUUUAAGAAAGAAGGAUGGCUUUAUUAGCCUUGUGCUUAAACAUAUUGAUACAUCAGCAAUGAUGGACUUGCUUCUUCGUCUCAUUAGCUGUGUGGAACCAGCUACUUUACGGCAAGAGGUUUUAAAUUGGCUGAAUGAAGAGAAGUUAAUUCAGAGACUUAUUGAACUUAUUCAUACAAGCCAGUGUGAACAGAAACAAUCUAAUGCUUCCCAAACCUUAUGUGACAUCAUCAGACUGAGCAGAGACCAGGCAACUCAGCUGCAGGAUACUGUUGAGCCUGAUCCAUUACUUACUGUACUACAGUCGCAAGAAAGUGUUGAGGAGCUUUUGAAGAACAUGUUUGAGGGUGAGAAGAGUGAAAGCUGUGUGGUAAAUGGAACUCAAGUGCUACUUACAUUAUUGGAAACUAGGAGGCCUGGGGUGGAUGGGCUUUUGGAUUUGUGUACUCAGGGAUAUGAACGGUCGUACACUGUUAGUAGCAGCAUUUUGCAAGGUAUUGAACCUCACUUGAAGGACUUCCAGCAGCUUCUUCUGGAUCCUCCUAAGAAAAGUGCAAUAUUAACCACAAUUGGAGUCUUAGAAGAGCCGCUGGGAAAUACUCGUCUUCAUGUAGCCAGACUCAUUGCCUCCUUGCUUCAAACAAACACACCCAGUGUAAAUGAAGAACUAUGCAGGCUAAAUACCAUGGAUACUUUACUUGAUUUGUUUUUUAAAUAUAUCUGGAAUAACUUUUUGCACUGCCAAGUAGAACUGUGUGUAGCAGCAGUUCUGAAUCAUUCAGCACAUGAGGAAAAAGUAGUAGCAAAUUCAGAAACUACAGAAGAUCACAACAAGACUGUAAAUCCAGAAGAGGUCACGACGAGCUCUGAAAGCAUAUUAGUAAAACAUCUUUUUCAGAACUGCCGGUUGGUUCAAAGGAUACUUGAUGCUUGGGAAGAAAAUGACAGAAUACAAUUGGAAGGAGGAAUGAGAAGAGGAUACAUGGGCCAUCUUACAAGAAUAGCAAAUAUUGUAGUACAAAACUUGGAGAAAGGGCCUAUUCAAGCACAAAUCAGUGAUCUCAUCAAAGAACUUCCUGAGGACUGCAGAGGUCGUUGGGAAACAUUUGUUUUAGAGACUCUUACGGAGACAAAUCAGAGAAACACUGUUGACUUGGUGAGCACACAUAACUUACAUUCUUCCAGUGAGGAUGAUGAUAUUGAAAGCACUUUCACCAACGAAUUGUCACUUCAGCAGGCAUUUUCAGACUACCAGAUUCAGCAAAUGACAGCUAGCUUUGUUGACCAAUUUGGAUUUAAUGAUGAAGAAUUUGCCGAACAAGACGACAGUAUAAAUGCCACAUUUGACAGGAUUGCUGAAAUAAAUUUUACACUGGAGGCUGAUGAUGAUAGUCCAAAUGGAGGCAUAUUUGAAGCAUGUUAUAAAGAACGAAUUCAACAAUUUGAUGAUAAAGAAGAUGAAGAAGAUAUAUGGGAAGAGAAAGAAAUAAACUAUGCAACGCAAGUCAAAUCAAGAACAAGGUUUGGCAUUUCUCGUACCUCAGAAAGCUCCUCAAAAAGUGACUUGGAGAACGGUGACCAAGACGGUAGUAUUGGUUCAGAAGAUGAUGAACCCGAGUCAAAGCCAGAAGUAGCAGCUGAAAAACAGAAUAGUGGAACAAAAGAGUUUCAAGAGGACAGUCCACAAUCACCAGAAAAUGCCACUAGGACAGCAACAUUUGAGGAUACAGUGAACUCUAAGCCCCCACCAGCUUCUGUUGCUGUGGACAUCGGCUCUAGUGUUUGGGAUAAAACCACUGGCUCUCGUGAUAAAGCAGAAACUGAAGAAAAAGGAUGGGCAAAAUUCACAGACUUUCAAGCUUUCUGCUGCUCAGAAUCUGUUCCCAGAUGUAGCUCACCGGUUGACACGGACAGUAAUGAUUCUAAUGGACAUUCCAAGCAAAACCAAGAAAAAAAUUUCAGUACAACUUCACCUUGUGUCUGGAAUGUUUGUGUGGCACGCAAAGCACCUUUGGUGGCAUCUGACAGCAGUUCGUCUGGGGAAUCAGAAAGUGAUGAAGAUGAAGAUAAAGCAGGCAUUGUCACCGAAACUAUAACAACAGGUUGUGGCCAUGAAACAAUCAAGCUGACUAUGGAUACCAAAAAUGAAAAAGCUGUUUUCACAAGAAUAUUUAGGCCUGCAGUCAGAGGUGAUGCUGAUUCCAUGUUAGAAAAGUUGACCAUAAUGGAUGUGUCACAAAAAUCAGAAUUACCAAACAGGACAGAGACUUCAACAGACCCUCUGAAUUCUGCAGCCGCAGAAGAAGCAGCAAUAGGAUUAGCAGUACAGGACAAAAAGAGAGAAGAUGCAGUGCUUUCUUCUGAAGCUUUGGUUAAUGGACCUGCUUGACUCUGUCAGUCUGAACUGCUUCCAUGUUAAUCCAAAACUUUUUAAUGCAACUUGUUUUUUUAUAAUAAAAUGCUGCGAAUCUUAUUGAGCCCUGACCAUCAGGACCAGUAAUCAUGAAACAA